GCCUGUAAGGGAUAGAAAGCUUUCAGCGCUUCUAUUUUGGUGCUUUCGGUAGCCGGUACGCGCACUGUAGAAAGAACAAAACUAUAUUUCCUUUUGGUUUUUCACGCGCGACGAAACCGAAUCCUAUUGGACUUCAUCCGGACUUUCGCUUGCAAAGUGCCGCCGAGGGACAGCUCGAGGUGGGGAAGGUGCAUAUCUUACUCCAGGCCGGGGAUCCACUGCGUUGUAGGCCGCAACGCGUUGCGUGUGUUCCACGAUUUUCUCAACGACUUUUGCUUUAUAGGAAGAAAAGGAGCUGGUGUCCAUAAUAUGGGUGACAGUCCUGAUCUGCAGUAUGUCAGCCCGUAUGCAUUUGAGGCGAUGCAGAAGGUGGACGUGGUGCGCUUGGCUGCCCUCAGCGAUCCAGAACUGAGACUUCUCCUGCCUUGCUUAGUCCGUAUGGCGUUGUGCGCUCCGGCGGAUCAGAGCCACAGCUGGGCUCAGGACAAGAAGCUGCUUCUGCGGCUGCUUUCGGGAGUAGAAGCUGUCAAUUCUAUAGUGGCUCUGCUGUCUGUGGAUUUCCAUGCAUUGGAACAAGAUGCCAACAAAGAACAGCAGCUCAGGCACAAGCUUGGAGGAGGCAGCGGUGAAAGUAUAUUGGUAUCACAGCUUCAACAUGGCCUGACUCUGGAAUUUGAACACAGCGAUUCCCCCCGUCGACUGCGUCUUGUUCUAAGUGAACUGUUAGCCAUAAUUAAUAAGGUUGCAGAUUCCGGCGGAGAGUUUUUUAUGAAAUCCUCUGAGCUUUUUGAAAGCCCUGUUCACAUGGAAGAGGCUGCAGAUGUGCUGUGCAUUUUACAAGCAGAGUUACACACUCUUCUGCCAAUCACUGAAAUGGCUGAAGCUCUUCUUCAUGUCCGCAAUGGGGCCUGGUUCCUUUGUUUGCUUGUAGCAAACGUCCCUGACAGUUUUAAUGAAGUUUGCAGAAGCUUGAUAAAGAAUGGAGAACGUCAGGAUGAGGAGAGUAUUGGAGGGAGACGCAGAACUGAAGCCUUGCGUCAGUUGUGCAAGAUGAACCCAUCUCAGGCUUUGAAAGUGCGAGGCAUGGUGGUAGAAGAGUGUCACCUCCCUGGACUGGGAGUGGCUUUAACUUUGGACCAUACCAAAAAUGAGGCAGGGGAAGAUGGUGUGAGCAACAUGGUGUGUUUUGUGAGUGGAUUGCUCCUCGGGACGAAUGCCAAAGUACGCACUUGGUUUGGAACCUUUAUCCGUAAUGGACAACUGAGAAGGAGGGAAAACAACAGUUCUGUGCUAUGGCAAAUGAGAAGACAGCUCCUCCUGGAGUUAAUGAGCAUCCUUCCUUCGGCUAGCAACACGCCUGCAACAGAAGAAGCUGAGUCUGGCGGAUCUGUGUGCUCUGGACUGAAGGAGGAACAUGUUAUAAAAGCUAGCGCACUCCUGCGUCUCUACUGCGCAUUAAUGGGAAUCGCUGGCCUCAAGCCAACUGAUGAAGAGGCAGAGCAGGUGCUUUUGCUGAUGACAAGCCGUCCGCCAGCCACUCCUGCAGGCGUGCGUUUUGUGUCUCUCUCUUUCUGCAUGCUGCUGGCUUUUUCCACGCUCGUCAGUACACCAGAACAAGAGCAGCUGAUGUUGAUUUGGUUAAACUGGAUGAUAAAAGAAGAAGCUUAUUUCGAAAGUACUGCUGGUGUGUCCGCAUCAUUCGGGGAGAUGCUGUUAUUGGUUGCUAUGUACUUCCAUAGCAACCAGCUUAGCGCCAUCAUUGAUCUGGUCUGUUCCACUUUGGGAAUGAAGAUUGUCAUUAAACCAAGCUCACUCGGCAGAAUGAAGACUAUUUUCACCCAGGAGAUAUUUACAGAGCAGGUUGUGACUGCCCAUGCAGUUCGUGUCCCUGUCACAAGCAACCUUAGUGCUAACAUUACUGGUUUUCUGCCCAUUCACUGUAUUUACCAGCUGCUGAGAAGUCGCGCAUUUACAAAGCACAAAGUGUCCAUAAAGGACUGGAUCUACACCCAACUUUGUGAGACAACCACCCCCUUGCACCAGCAGCUGUUACCUCUUAUUGAUGUUUACAUCAACUCUAUCAUCACCCCUGCUUCAAAGGCCAGUCCAGAAGCCACCAACAAGCCAAUUACAGAGCAAGAAAUACUGAAGGUGUUUCAGGGAAUCGUGGGGGAGAACUCCCGGCUUGGUCAGCGCCACACAAUAACUGCUCAACUACUAAUGCUCUAUUAUGUUCUAUCCUAUGAAGAAGCUCUUUUGGCAAAUUCAAAGACACUAGCAGCCAUACAGAGGAAACCAAAGUCUUACUCUUCAGCUCUUAUGGACCAGAUUCCAAUAAAAUAUCUUAUCAGACAGGCACAUGGUCUACAACAGGAACUGGGAGGCUUACAUUCUUCCUUGUUGCGUCUGCUUGCCACUAAUUACCCCCAUCUGUGCAUCGUGGAUGACUGGAUCUGUGAGGAAGAGAUUACUGGGACAGAUGCUCUGUUAAGAAGAAUGUUGCUGACCAGCUCUGCUAAAAACCAUUCCCCUAAUCAGCUACAAGAAGCCUUUUCACUGCUCCAAAGCAACCACACCCAAGUAAUGCAAAUUUUGGAGCAUUUGACAUUACUUAGUGCCAGUGACCUCAUCCCUUAUGCCGAAGUGCUGACCACUAGCAUGAACCAGCUCCUGAAUGCUGGAGUUCCACGGAGGAUCCUUCAGACGAUCAACAAGCUCUGGAUGACCUUGAAUACUGUUAUGCCAAGAAGGUUGUGGGUGAUGACGGUGAAUGCAUUGCAACCUGAAUUAAAGCUAGCUCGAAAGCACAAGUACACACAAAAUGAUCUAAUGAUUGACCCUCUGAUUGUACUUAGAUGUGAUCCCAGAGUCCAGAGGUGCCCGCCACUAAUGGAUAUUACUUUGCACAUGUUGAAUGGGUAUCUUCUGGCAUCCAAGGCUUACUUGAACUCUUACUUGAAAGAAACAGCGGAUCAGGAUAUUAAACCAUCAUCUAACAAUGCUGCUGGUCUUGCUGGACAGGCUGAAACUAUGGAAGUUACAAGAGAGGAGCUGAAAAAUGCAUUGCUUGCUGCACAGGAUAGCGCUGCUGUGCAAAUCCUGUUGGAGAUAUGUCUUCCAACAGAAGAGGAAAAAAACCAAGACUCUUCCCAGCCCCUGGAAGGAGAUGAGAACCUGCUGUGUAACCUCAGAGAGGUGCAGUGCCUUAUCUGCUGUUUGCUGCAUCAGAUGUUCAUUGCUGACCCCAAUAUUGCCAAGCUGGUGCAUUUUCAGGGAUAUCCAUGUCAGCUGCUGCCUUUAACUGUCGCUGGAAUACCCUCAAUGCACAUUUGUCUGGAUUUUAUCCCAGAACUCAUAGCUCAGCCUGAACUAGAGAAGCAGAUCUUUGCUAUACAGCUUCUUUCAUACUUGUGUAUCCAGUAUGCAUUGCCAAAGUCUCUCAGUAUGGCUCGCCUGGCUAUCAAUGUAAUGGGAACUCUGCUCACAGUCCUAACUCAAGCCAAACGGUAUGCGUUUUUUAUGCCAACGUUGCCAUGUUUGGUGUUCUUCUGCCAAGCUUUUCCUCCACUAUACGAGGAUGUCAUGUCACUUCUCAUACAAAUUGGACAGGUGUGCGCGUCAAGUGUUGCUACUGAGACAAGAGAUAUCGAUCCGAUUAUUACGCGUCUUCAGCAGCUGAAAGAGAAGCCAAAGAAGUGUACUGGUGUGCACAGCCUUUCAUUGUUACCAGCCAGCGGCGUGAAGGUCACUGAGAGCUUAGACCCCGAAGUACAACUGUGCCAACGUGUGGAACGUACCAUAGUUGAAAUAAUUAACAUGAGUGUAACAGGACUAUAAAUAGGUCGGAUUGACAUAUUUCAUUCUGUAUCCUGAAGAUGCGACAUUAUCUGGACUAAAAACCACAGCAUGGACAUGGAGUGUGAAUUUCAAAGAUAAGAAGAGUUGCCACCAAACUUUUCUCCCCCAUUAAAUUUAUUUCACUUGUCACAAGUCUGUUGAUUGGUAAAUGCAGUGGCAUUGCUGUUGCUCGAUCCAGCUGUAGGUGGCGAUAGAAACCAAUUUUCGUGUGCUUUACUAUAUACCUCUCUUUGAUGCAACGUUAUGACGACGUGCCGUAAUUUAAAAAGUAUAACAAGGAAAAGUUAACUUAAUUAUACAUUUUACAUAUUACUAAGUACAAGGAAUUCUGCUUGCACUGAUUCAAAAUUGCAUGCUCAUUGGAAUUUAACAUGAUUAUUUUAAUAACAUAAAAGCCUUCCCCCUCGAUUGUUUAACAACGUUGUUGCGCUACAUUUGUGUUAAUGUACAGUUUUGGAGUUGAUACAUACCUCCAUUUGUUUUAUAUGUUCUAAAACGACACUCCUUUAGAAAGGUUUAAUGUGCCGGUAAGAUUGGUGGUCUAAAAUAUAAUGCUGAUAACGGGGCAGUAAUGGGGAGAAAGCCUCACUUAUAAAUGUGAAAUGGCCCGAACUGGCCAUUUUAACUUCCGUGCAACAAUUCUUGAGAGCUUAGAAAUGCAACAUUUAUAACAUGUUUGAAGAUUGUCCAGUUUGAUGUCAUACUGUAAAUUUAUGUAAAUACCUAAUGAUUUGUAAUCAAUACUUUUGCAGUAAAAUUUGUAUAUUUUUUA